AAGAAAAGUUUUAGAAGUGAAGCAAAUGGGAUUCCUUCGUAAUAUUUGUGAUUUUACAUUUAUUGCGCUUUUGGUGGUUAACUCCACGGAAGCAGUUGAAUAUUCUGAAAAAGAUGAGGGAUAUGCACAGGGAUUUAUUCCAAACUGUCCUGGUGAUUCGAAGCCGGCCGAAAUCAAACCGGAACAUUUAAACAAACUAAAGAUCUCAGUAUUGGGCAGCGGCUCUCUUCUGCAAGCCAAUUGGACCUCUUACAAAUACCGCAACGUGAAAGCUUUAGCCAAGGAUCCAAACGUUGACUUCAGUAAGAAGACGAUUGUGUAUUGCCCUGGUUAUUUGGAUUCGACUGCGAUACCCUUAGCAAGAAGCAUGCUGGUGCUGUAUAAGAAGCUGGGGUAUAAUGUGUUGAUUUUAGAAUUCAUACAAUUCACUACGGAUAUAUUACCGGUAGUCGUCCGUUUAAUGCGUCCUGUCGGAAAGCACGUCGCCGAAAUGCUAGCCAACCUGACGACGGUCGGUCUCGACCCGAAAAAGCUUGAACUGAUUGGCCUCAGCCUUGGAGGCUUGUCCAUGGCGUUCGUAGCCAAGAACUUCCAGCAAAUUACCGGUAGAAACAUCUCAAAGCUCACCGCUCUCGACCCUACUGGACCCUGCGUCAGACAUCAUGGACCUAAAGAUAGGCUAGACCCAUCCGACGCCGACUUUGUUCUACACAUCGCAACGAACACCGAAGGAUAUGGAAUAGGCACUCCGGUCGGACAUAUAUCAGUCUACGUAAACGGAGGAGAGUACCAGUCUGGUAUAUUUCCAACGUUUCUGUGCGAUGAUUUAUGCAGUCACGUCCAUGUGUUGUUUAUAUGGGUCUCGGCAUUGGAAAAUCCUGGCAAGUUCAUCAUGAUGCAAUGUGAUUCUCAACAGCAAGCGAGAGACCACAACUGUUUUGAGAGGAAGCCAAUGGUAACGAACACUCUGGAUCUAUAUACGAAUGGAAGUAAGCCAGGUAUUUAUUACUUGGCAACGAAUCCUAAAUACCCGUAUUAUUUGGGUAAAAAAGGCUUGAAACGGAGUGGCGCGUACCUUUUGACCCAUAUUAAAAACCUUAAUGCUGUUGAGGUGCUACGGGUUUAAUAAAACGAAAAUAAUGAAAGAGAUCAAAUAAAAGCAGUUUAAUUUUUUUGUCUCAUAAAGAA